AUGGGCCAGUUGCACUCCCGGCUUUCGCCUUUGUCUGAAGCAUGGCUCGUGGUGCUGAAAGCUUCUAAUAGGAAAACAUGCGAUGGUGGUGGUGAUCAGAAUGAGCAUUGCUUGGAACUUGAGUGCAGACGGCAGGUCAUAUUACGGCGGACCGUGCAGCAAGGUCGUCAAUGCCGUCAGUUAAACGCUGCGACGUCACUCUUGCGAUUGGCUUGUGAUGCGGUCUUGGAACUGGACGAGGACUGGCUUGCUGAUUUGUGCCUAACCGAGCAUUGUCCAGAGCUUGCUGCGAUUCUCUUGCGAGAUCGGCCUGGCUCAUCUUUGGCAGGGGUUGCGUUCACGGACUUCGUGGCCACAAAGGAGGAAGCCGCGCGGGCAGAGCAGGCCUUGAACAAAGGGAACUUCGAGGACUUGUCUGCAAAUGCAUUCAGCACGCGGCUCGUCGACACCAACUCCAGCAAGUUCUGUACGGAGCUUCUCCAGGUCAAGUACUGCAAAAUGGGGGACGCCGUGCAUCAUCUCAUCGGCUUGCGCGAGAUUACCGAUCAGGAGUCCUUGGCCAGACCAAGAGAACUUGAUGCGACGUUUCAUGGCGAUGCUGACGACUCAUCCGUUUCUUGCCCGUACAGGCUGUUGAACUCAGCAGAAGCCUCGCCGGUGGGUUUACCUCAAGAGGGCAGCCGUUGCAUGUCUGUGAAGUCUCUUGAAGACAGUCCUCGUCCGAUAAUCUAUAUGAUUCUGGAUAUGCAGUCUUGCACUGUGGGAGGGGCCUCGAUUGCGGCUGCAAACUUGGUGGGAAUGAAAGUUUCCGAACUAUUUCCCGGCAGGCCUUCGGAGCUACUGCAAGGCUUCUGGGAAGAGGUGGACCGCUGUGAAGACGCAAGCGAAGUCGCAAUACUGACCCAGAAGCAACGCUUCUUCAGCGAGUGGCUGGUGCAGUGGAGCCCACAACAGGCCGACUUCAUCGACGGCUUUGUUCAGGUCGUGCAAAAUGCCGACGGCGCGCAUCAACUCCUACUGCGCUGCGUGGCUUCGGCGAGAUCCCCGCUUUCUGUCUCGUCCGGCAUCUCAGACAGUGGACGGUCCACCGGAGCAAGGCCGCCUCCCCCUACCUCCGUGCAGGCUCUCUCCGUUCUGCCUGGAAUGCCGCUGCCGGAUGUUCAGCCGCUGCAUUAG